ACUUAAAAUUCCUGGUAAUACAAGAGAGUCAAGAUGGCGGCCUCCGAUUCGCAGGAUGGCGACUCUGUUGUUUUUAUUUAUGAUCGACGGAAUUCAGCCGCUCCUGAAGUGAAAUUAUCUACGACAGCGAUCGACUGCUUUGCAAAAUUUAAGGAUGCCGUAAAACAGCUUUUAGGUGUUGAAGAUGGAGAAGACUUUGUCAUUGCUACUACCAACAGGGAUGAAAUUAAAGAUGACAAGACCUGGGACUAUGUGGAGAAUGGAGAGACUUUGUAUAUCCUGAAGGAUGUGAAGCAAGAGUUGUGUGCCCCUGCCCAGGAGCGGGUGGACUACCUACCGCAUUAUGACACCAUCGUCAAGGGUGGAAUGUACGAGUACUAUGCUUCAGAGGGACAAAAUCCUUUGCCGUAUGCCUUUGCAGAGCUCAUCGACAACUCCCUGGCGGCUACAGCUCUCAACGAUGGAUCCCGGCAAAUUGAACUGAGGCUGUUUUUGGAUGACAUAGCCGUGAGCAAGAACUGUAUUGUUGUCAUCGACAAUGGGAAAGGAAUGACCCCGCGCCAGCUGAACAAUUGGGCUAUUUAUAGACUGUCGAAGUUCACUCGGAGGGAUAAACGUAGCAGGGGACAAGACUUGGAGCCUUCAGGGGCUAACGACUCUAUCAACCUGGCCUCGACGUGGGCGCCUCGCUUCAUGAACAGUGACAUCUCCUACUUUGGUGUCGGGGGCAAGCAGGCUGUCUUCUUUAUUGGCAAUGCCACAAGGAUGAUCAGCAAGCCAAGAGGUUCCAAGGAUGUUCAUGAACUCUCCAUCUCGAAGGAUGAGUUUGAGAGGAGGGAGAAAAGCAACCAGUCUAUCUACACAGGCUACAUCCGGAAUAGACAGCCCGGAGACAGCUCCCACCUGAGUGGGGAGGACGAACUUCUGGCCAAGCUCAUCUCGGAGGAACCGAACCGCGAGAGCUUCACAGCAGUGGUCAUCCAGGGCAUCAGCCCUCAGCAUGUGUCCUACCUGAAGCACAACUUCAACAUGUGGACCAGACAGCUGGCGCACAUCUACCACUUCUACCUUCACGGUCCAGAGGGCCACGAGCUGAAAGAGGAGGGUGAGCAGAAGGUGGAGAGCAACCCCUUCAACAACAUCAAUAUACAGGUGACCAUGCAACUGAGGGGAAACCCGAACCCCAAGUCGAUUGACCUACGCAAGAUUGAAGAUGACAUUGAGACGCAAUAUGUUCGGACGGCCGCCAGCAGGUUUGAGUUCAAAGCCUACGUGGAUGGCUCUACGGCUGUGGAGGGGAUCGUCCGAUAUCAUCCGUUCCGCUAUGACAAAGAGACCUAUCCGGUGGAUGCCUACGCUCCUAGAUUGGACCCAGUGCCCGAGGAUGACCACGGCUAUGCCAUCAACGAUCGCCCGGCGCGGGGGAGGAGGCCCAUCUUUGAGGCCUUUUGGAACGGUCGACUGAUACCUUACACGCUCAUAGAGGAAUUUGACUGGUGCUCCCUGCCCAAAAAACAGAAGAACAUUCCAGCUGAAUGCUACAACAGGAUCUCUGGAGUGCUGUGGACCAAUGACAGUUUCCAGGUGUCCACCAACAAGCUUACCUUUUUGGACCUGGAGAUGAAGCUCAGAGAUAAAGGAACCAACUUUGUACGCAUGCUCAAUGGACAUGAACGACGCACCCAAAUAGAGCGGGAGUUCCAGUCCUGGCUCAAGGAGUGUAACGAGGAACACGACAAGCAGAUUCUCUUCUCCGGCAACUCGGGCCUACGACCCCGCCUCGACCUCCCCAAGCAGAAACAGACGCCCUGGACACGCUUUGACCGCGUUGAGUGGGACGCUCGCACUUACGAGAAGGGACAGAUGGUUCGUGUCCUGCGUACGACCCCGCCUCUCCACGGCACUAUUGAGGCUUUCUACCUGUCGGGGGAGCACCAGGGGGAUGUGUUUGCCAUGGGGGGAGACAUCGAGAUCCUACAGGAGCCCCAGUCGCUGUACACAGAGCGUAAGUUUGUUGCUCUGAACCGGCUGGACAGGGGGGCCUCGGUGGCACAGAUAAAGAAGUACAUAGAGGAGGAAGAGACCAAACUCCCAGACCACCUGGUGGUCUCCUGGCCCAACGGGAUGCCUGUGAUCCCCAACGAAAAGAGGACGGCAGGGAAAACCAUUGGCGACCUCCGGGUGGAGAUCUGCAACAAGCGAGGGGAGACUAUCUCCAAGAUCCCACACUCCAUCGCCAACUCCAAGAAGCUGCUGGUGGAACUAACACUUAUAUGGCACUCCCCCCAUGGCGAUGAACGUCUGGUGUCCUUGCUGUCCCAACACGGCAAGAGCUGGCCCUACUGGUUCAGGAAGAUGGACAGUGCCAAAAACCUGGGCAACUACACACUGCUGCUGCAGACAGUGCUCAAUGAGUCGGGGAACAACAUGUUUGCUGGUCGCGAGUUGCCCUCUGCCAAGAUCAAGUUCUCCGUCAACGAGGCUGACCCCGAGCACUUCACCGUGGGUCUUCUGGACGGGCCCUUCAAGGUCGGGGUUCCAUUCCAGAUUCCACUGGAGUUCCAGGACCGCUACAACAACUCUACACGGCCCCCGCAGAAACUGAAGCCAAUCCUGGAUGCUGAUGGUCUGGAGCUGAGCUAUGAGAACACACAGGUCAAGGGAAACAACUGCUACAUCAAGGGCGUGGUCGCCAAGGGAACGGUCAACACUGCUGCUGGCAAAAGUUUCAACCUGACUGUGUCAGUGCCUGGACUGGAACAGUCUCAGUCUCUGAAGAUACGACUCCUGCCUGUUUGCCGGCGGCGGGGGUCUCCCCAACUACUCGUGCGACUGCUCCGCCAGUGGCUCGGCCACACUGACCGGUCCACCCCUGAUAGUCAAGAAGAUGGCCGGGGAGCUGCAGCUGACCGCCCGGAUAGAGAUUGUGGGCAUGAAGACAGUCAAGCCAGUGGAGAGGGUGGUCUGGCUCAAGCCCAGCGGCCGUGUCUCCCAGCUUCAGCUCUUCUGCUCGCUCAACGGCAAAGAGACGGAGAUAAAAUCUGGGCAGGCUCUGGAGAUGGAGGCGGGAUCUGUGCUGGAGAAUAUCAGAUUUGAAAUCUGCAACGAGGCAGGGGAAGCCCUGGCUGUGGAUGACAAGUUGGCACAGAAAAUCAAGGUGAACUGGGCGCCUAAAGUCCCCAAAGACCAGGCGUUGAAGAAAUGUCUGCCGUCGCUGAAAGCUCCGACGCUGGUCACAGAACACAAGUACUGUCAGGCCACUGUCAUGGAGGGAGACGGUGUGGAACUCCAGUUUUCUGUCAUGGCCCAGGUGGGUGAGCCCAGUCAGAUGAAGGCGGAGCUGACCGGGGAGAACAGCUGUUUGUUGGGGGAACCUCUGGCCGGGAUGCUCAACCUCACACUGAUGGAUGGAUUCGGGAACCAAGUGCCUAUGACUGCUGCCAUGUGCAAAGAAGUGACUUGCCAGGCGCCUUCCCUGUUUUCUGACAUUGUCAAGGUCAUGGCUACCAGUCAUAACCAGGCCCUGGUAAGGAACCUGGUGUUCACCCAGAUGGGCUGUAAGGAGGUGGAGCUGGGCUGGAGGGGCUUGACCGCAUCGGUUAAGUGUGAGGUGCUGGCCGGACCACCUGCUCAGAUACAGGUCCUAGACUGGUCACAGGACCAGGUUGUAUCUGCCUACAGCGACCGGCCUCUCCCGUGCCCACUCAAGGUACAGCUCCUAGAUGCAGAGGGAAACCUGGCCAAGACCAAAGACGUCAAAGUGCACAUUGUUAAGGACGCUAAGGUCAAGAUGUCAACAUCAGGGUUUGUGAAAACGGAUAAGGAUGGUGUGGCCGACUUUGGAACUUUGACACUUACUGCUGAUAGGGGUCGUUACGAACUCCAGCCCAAAGCCACUGUGGGCCGGUCGGUGGUCAACGGGCCUAAGCUGGUCGUGGAGAUAAUGGCUGACCCGAACAAGCCAGUCAAGAUGGACGUUGUCUAUAACGAGAAGACGUCGGUCAUUGCUGGACACACGCUGGCAGACUUCAGUGUGACCAUGAUCUCGGAGGAGGGCAGUCCGCUGACCACGGGCAGUGUGGACUACAUGAGUCUGAGGCUCUGGCGGAAAGAGCUGGGCACGAACCAGGGCACUCCGCCGAACAAGGCCCUGUCCAUAGCUCCAGAAGUCCCCACCCGCUCACAACAGGCCACGUAUCAGUUCAGGAAAUGCCCGGCCCCGACCACAGCCGCAGACUACAACCUCAUGUUUCUGUAUUGUGACGGCAGCUACCAGAUACAGAGUCGUUUAAUCUCUUUGACCGUCCAGCCUGGGUCGCCCUCAGCUCUAGUCGUGCUUGACCGCUUGACCACAGCCACAGUGUCCAACACUCGCAGUGUGGCAAGCCGCACGCUGCUCAAGUCUCUCAAGCUGGAACUGCAGGAUGAGUUUGGCAAUUCUCUUGGUGAGGGUUACAACGGCCAGGUCAAGGUGGAGAUCUGUGCCCCCAACGGCCAUGACGACCUCCCGACCUUUGUGUCAGGGGUCACCAACACGCAGUUCCCUCUCACCCGGGGGCAGUGCACGCUACAGAGUCUAGUUCUCCAGGAGAGCUCCCCGGGCAAGGACGGGUUUGAGUACCACCUGGCCUGUACCGUGACCUGUGCGGCCAUCGCCAAGAACAGGCCUCUGCCUCCCCUACACAUACCCUUCCUUUUUUACAAUGAUGCGCGGAAGCAGCAACAGAUGGCCUCUCUGUCCAAGGAGAGGGACAAGCUACAGGGGACGAUACAGGCUUACAGGGACAUGUUUGAUACACAGCAGCUGUUGGUGCAGGAGCUGAGAGCAUCCGUCCAUGAGGCCCAGAAGACAGAGCAGACCCUGCGCUCGGAGCUGAGAAAACAGAACAUUCCCAGCAACCAGCUACAGUCGGUGGACACGGUGGAGAAGCUGAUUGCUGUCAGAACCAGGGACCGCGACCAGCUCCUCAAGUCCCCCCGCAGGUCGUGUGGUCUGACCCCCGCUGACCCUGACCCUGACAUACUGGGAAAGAUCGCCCACCUGGCUCUGGUUCACCAGGACGAUAUUGCCCGGGUCUUGUCCUGGCAUAUGCUGGCUGAUAUGGACUGUGUGGUCACUCUGAGCACUUCUAAGGCUAAGGAGCUGUACCACCGCACCCAAGGCAAACAGCAAGUCCUGCCUUUGGACUCCAUCUACCGGAAAAACCUGCCUGACUGGGACAAACCACUGCCUCACAGGCGCUUCUUGCCCAACUACAAGCCCCUUGGGAACCCGGUGUAUGCUCGGAACCUCCUGGAGUUUACUAAAGAUGAGGAGAGCUGUAAAGUGGUACGGCAUGCUGCUGGGAGAUACGCUUAUCCUGGACACACUGGACCAGGCAAACUUAUACAGACAGGAGAUCAUCAAGUACACCCACUGUCCCACCAUCCUGACCCGCAGCGGCGACCGUAUCCGUAGCAACGGCAAGUUUGGCGGGGCGAUGAACAAAGCCCCACCCGUGGACAAGAUGAAGGGAUGUGUGUUUGGGCAGCCGUUGCCGCUGGCUUACCAUGCUGUUUGCACACAGAUAGAGUCCCUGGAGAAGUACAAGACGGCCCUGGUGUCCCACAUCUCAGCCCAGGACGAGCUACAGGAGCAGGUGCAGCAGCAGAAACUUCCGGAGGCCAUGGAGAAGUACCACGAGUGUAAGGAGGCGGAGAACAGGCUCAAGGAGGUGGAGGCCAGGCUAGGUGUUGGAACCCCAGUGCGGGCCACCAAACAAGGGAACCGCUCAGCCACCACCAACUCUGACCCAGAACCGGCGCUGAAGAAACCCAAACUGGAGCCAGGCUCUGCCCCCUCCUCCUCGGCAAGCCCCGCCCCCUCCUCCAGCAGCGCGGUUAGCCCCGCCACCGUGGGCCGAGCCCGGCCCGCCCCCGUCCAGGACCCGUCCUUCACGCCCAGCAGGACCUCGCUGCGCAUCGCUUCCAUGACCACCGUGGUGUCGGACGACGGGCGGAAACGUCUCAAGAAAUCCAGCACGUAGUAGGGGGA